AUGAGCUGGAGACUCGUUUCGUUCCUGCGUCCCCGCAUGGUGUCCGGCCCCUCGCAGUGGCUCCUGCACUCUGCGCGGCCGCUCGCCCGCAUCGGCACCACAUCGCUCUCCCGAAUGUCGUUCGUAACCAGCACCGGCGCUGCUGUCGGUGCCGGCGCUGUUUCCUCGUCAGCCACCCAGCCAAGCACCAGCGCCCACGCUGUCGUCAGUACCUUUGAUCUGUUUUCGAUUGGCAUCGGGCCGUCGUCCUCACACACCGUCGGUCCAAUGAGAGCCGCCAAGAUGUUUGUCGACGAUCUGUCGCACUGCAAUGCCCUGGAAACCGUCACCAAGAUCAGAGUGGAUCUGUACGGAUCGCUGGCGCUCACCGGGGUUGGCCAUGGAACCCCGCUGGCUAUCUUGAUGGGCUUGGAGGGCGAAUCGCCGGACAUGGUCGACGCCAAGUCCAUCACUCGUCGGGUCAAGAACAUCUACAACAAAAACACCCUGCACCUUGGCGGAACCCACCGGGUCGCCUUCCACCCGCACCAAGAGCUCGUGUUCCAUUAUCGUGAAUCGCUGCCCCAGCAUCCGAACGGCAUGCGCUUCACGGCCUUUGACAAGAACGGCGACAUGGUUGCCACGAACGAGUUCUUCUCGAUCGGUGGAGGCUUUGUCGUCAACGAGCGCACAAAGAUUGCCGCCAACUUCUUCUACAAGGACAUGAACGGCGAGGAGCACUACGCCGAAACAUCGGGAUCCGAGAACUCGUCGGUGCUGAGCCGAGUCCAGUCCAAGCACGUCGUCGCUGCCUUGCCCUUCCACAAUGCCGAGAGCCUGCUCAAGAUUUGCGAGGCUCAGAAUCUCACCAUCGCCCAAGUGGUCUACAAGAACGAACUCCAGUGGCGCUCGUCCGAAGAAAUCCAGAAGCAGACCCUGGAGAUCUGGAACGUCAUGAACCAGAGCAUCAACAACGGUAUUCUUGCUCCGGAAGAGACCCUGCCCAACCAACUCAAUGUCCGCAGACGAGCUCCUGCGCUCCAUCAGAAGCUCAUGCGAGGCUUUGCCGAGUAUGUCGGCGUCAACAGUUCGGCCGUUCCCACCGGCAACGGCACACUUGGCUCCGCGGCUGUCGAAAACAUCAGCAACCAAGUUCGCCCACGAGGACAAAACACCUUCAAGAGAAGCCUGCCGGCACUCGAUUGGAUCUCGCUUUACGCCAUUGCUGUGAAUGAAGAAAACGCUGCUGGCGGACGAGUUGUCACCGCCCCCACCAACGGAGCCGCAGGCACCAUUCCGGCGGUGCUCAAAUACUACCUCGAGUUCAUCUGCCCAUCUCCUGCCCAGGCCGAGAAGGACAUUAUUGAGUUUCUCCUGACGGCUGCGGCGAUCGGUAUGCUCUAUAAGCGCGGAGCCUCCAUCUCGGCCGCGGAGAUGGGAUGCCAAGGAGAAGUUGGCGUUGCAUGCUCGAUGGCUGCCGCCGCCUUCACAGCCGUGAUGGGUGGAACUGCACAGCAGGUCGAGAACGCGGCUGAAAUCGGCAUGGAGCACAACCUCGGUCUCACCUGCGACCCGCCCCAGGGACUCGUCGUCAUUCCCUGCAUUGAGCGCAACGCACUCGCCGCUGUCAAGGCUGUCACUGCCGCGCAGCUGGCGCUCAACGGCGACGGCCACCACCGAGUCACUCUCGACCAAGUUAUCGCAACGAUGCGGGAAACCGGACACGACAUGAUGAGCAAGUACAAGGAGACCAGUGAAGGUGGUCUUGCGGUCAAUGUGCCCGUAUGCUGAGGGCCGCAAGCAGACACCGCGGCAAGGAUCGCCGCAUGACCUCGUAUCCCAACGACUGGGCCGUGCUUCAUCUCGAGUACGUUCAAAGAGCCUCGAUAGCAAGCCGGUGUGGGGCCGCCGGUCUUGCAUUGGUACAGGAGCCUUGAGGCGACCACAACCGACAAGGAAGGCGCAGAGCAUGCCAUGUCGACGGCGACGGGCGACACCAACGACAUCCACAGAGACAGGAGGCCCUGAGGCUGAAUAAAUGGCGCGUC